AUGGCUGCUGAAAUUAAGCCUGCUCCAAGAACUCCAAAUGAUAGAUUUUCUACUACAAAAAAACCAGCACUUUUGAGCAAACUAGAAGGUUGCACCGAUGAUGUCAAUGCUGCAGUGGUCAUACCUGGCGAGGAUGGAGUUAUUAGCGUUUGUGAUGAUAAGACUGUUCGAGUAUGGCUGAAACGUGAUUCUGGGCAAUACUGGCCUAGCAUUUGUCAGUAUAUGCCUUCUGGUUGUACAUCAAUGUUCUAUACACCAGAGACACGUCAGUUAUUUAUCGGUCAGGAAAAUGGAACUGUUUCAGAGUUUACACUUGCUACAGAUUGCAAUAGAAUAAAUCCUAGUCGAGAGUAUCUAGCACAUACAGCACGAGUGACAGCAGUGGUUUUUUCGCUAAGCUGCGAGUGGGUUCUCUCUGUCAGCCGCGAUAAGCUUUUUGCUUACCACUGCAGCGAAACCGGCCGCAGGGUUGGCGGCUACUCCUUUGAAGCCUGGUGCACUGCAUUACAAUUCGAUUCGCAGUCGAAAUAUGCGUUCGUCGGCGAUUACAGCGGCCAGAUAACAAUGUUGAAGUUAGACAAUAAUGGAGCAGCACUAGUCACCACAUUUAAGGGGCACACGGGCUCAGUGCGAGUUCUUAAUUGGGCGCCUAUACCUCAACUGUUGUUUAGCGGUUCAUUCGAUCAGAGUAUUAUUGUUUGGGAUAUCGGUGGGCAGAAAGGGACGGCCUAUGAGUUGCAGGGCCACAGCAACAAGGUGACUGGGCUGUGGUACGUCGGCGGCUGCGAGCGGCUGGUGUCCGCUGGUGAGGACGGCGCCAUGGGGGUCUGGGAGAUGGGCGUCAAGAGGCGCGAGACGCCCGCUUGGCGCGAGAGCGACCUCUGCCAGCUCUGCCGCGCCCCCUUCAUAUGGAACGUCCGCGCUAUGAUGGAGAGGAAGCAGCUGGGGCUGCGGCAGCACCACUGCCGCUGGUGCGGCGCGGCGGUCUGCGGCACGUGCUCGCCGCACCGGCUGCCGCUGCCCGUAAUGGGGUUCGAGUUCCCGCAGCGCGUCUGCACCGUCUGCUACGACACGCUGCGCCACGAGCCACGCGAGUCGCUGGCGUCGUUCCACGACAUGAAGCACGCGGUCGCCUCGCUGUACGUGGACGAGGCGACGGGCCGCAUGUGCACCGCGGGCAAGGACCGCGUCAUCAAGGUGUGGGACGUCAGCGCUCUGCUCGCCCCCGCGCCCAAGCCCGGCACGAGCGAUCACCUGGCAUCAGCGACCAGUAGCAUCGCGAAUUCGUCUCUGUCGCCGCGGCGCAAAGUCCAAAUUCGCUCGCCGCCCGGAAGCAGCCCGGCAUCAGCGAACAGUAGCGCCGCGAACUCGACCCUAUCGCCGCGGCGCAAAGUCCAAAUUCGCUCGCUGUACUGGAGCAGCCCGGCAUUAGCGACCAGUAGCGCCGCGAACUCGACCCUAUCGCCGCGGCGCAAAGUCCAAAUUCGCUCACUGUACUGGAGCAGCCCGGCAUUAGCGACCAGUAGCGCCGCGAACUCGACCCUAUCGCCGCGGCGCAAAGUCCAAAUUCGCUCGCUGUACUGGAGCAGCCCGGCAUUAGCGACCAGUAGCGCCGCGAACUCGACCCUAUCGCCGCGGCGCAAAGUCCAAAUUCGCUCGCUGUACUGGAGCAGCCCGGCAUUAGCGACCAGUAGCGCCGUGAUUUCGACUCUAUCACCGCGGCGCAAAAUUCAAACUCGCCGCAGGUCUAGCCACACUGUGCAGUGGAGCGUAACGCCCCGGUUAAGUUGUAACAACACUGGCGCGGUUCUGAACCGAAUCGCGAGCGGAACGGUCGUG